AGCGCGCGGGAGCGCAGUGCUGGGCGCGGUGAGCGCAGGACGCGGCGCACCGAGGGACGCGGACGGGCGCCCAUGGCGUUCGCGCUGCUGCGCCCCGUCGGCGCGCACGUGCUGUACCCCGACGUGCGGCUGCUGAGCGAGGACGAGGAGAACCGAAGCGAGAGCGACGCGUCGGACCAGUCGUUCGGCUGCUGCGAGGGCCUGGAGGCGGCGCGGCGCGGCCCGGGGCCCGGGGGCGGGCGGCGGGCGGGCGGCGGCGCCGGCCCGGUGGUGGUGGUGCGGCAGCGGCAGGCGGCCAACGCGCGGGAGCGGGACCGCACGCAGAGCGUGAACACGGCCUUCACGGCGCUGCGCACGCUCAUCCCCACCGAGCCGGUGGACCGCAAGCUCUCCAAGAUCGAGACGCUGCGCCUGGCGUCCAGCUACAUCGCACACCUGGCCAACGUGCUGCUGCUGGGCGACGCGGCGGAGGACGGGCAGCCGUGCUUCCGUGCGGCCGGCAGUGCCAAGAGCGCAGCCCCUGCCACCCCCGACGGCGGCCGCCAGCCGCGCUCCAUCUGCACCUUCUGCCUCAGCAACCAGCGCAAGGGGGGUGGCCGGCGUGACCUGGGGGGCAGCUGCUUGAAGGUGAGGGGGGUGACCCCACUACGAAUGUCAAGGAGAUGAGCCUGGACCCCUGUGCCACUUGCUCCAAGCAGGAUCCUGGAGAAGGAAGCCAGAGGCCAGCAAAGACCCCAAGAGCUCAGCCCAGCCCUCUUUUGUCUGAGGAUCGGAGUACAAUGGCCUGGGCCCAUGACCUUCAGGGCAGGCCCUUUGGGACAUCUCCACCCCACUCUGAGGAGCUGUGAGGACUCAUCCAGCAGGCCCCAACCCUGGCUGGUCAGAGAUUGGGCAGAACUUUUGGAAAAACAAAGACUGUUGAUGACAGAGGAUGUGUGCAUGCCUGUGUAUAAGUGUGUGUGUGUGUGUGUGUGUGUGUGUGUAUGCACGCAUGUGUGUGUGUGUGAGAGAGAGAGAGAAAAUUGGUGGGUUUAAAAUAAAAGAUAUUUUUAAAUAAAAGAUGUUCCCAGCUGCAGAAGGGAAGGGCCUGGGGAAUCAGGAAUCAAAAAUGACCCCCCCUCUCCUGGACCUUGGGAGAAGCACAGACGUCACAGGUGCUGCCCUGUGCCCUGGGCAGGAUCAGGCUAAGGGAAGGCUGGGAGACCCCUUUCCAAAAAUAGAGAUACCCAAGCUUUCCUCAUAGUCUUCUUGGACAACUGUUAGGUGUCCACUGUGGUUGGUAAGGAAUCUUAAUUUUAUUUAUUGAUGAUUAAUACAUUCAUUCACAUGGUUCAGAAUUCACAAGAGAGAAGAUGGUGGAAACCUCCCUCCCCCGUGUCUCCCGCACCAGUAGGCAGCCUCGGCCACCAGCUUUUUGCGACAUCCCCAUUUUCCAUGACUGACCAAGCAAA